UGGGCACCGUGGGAUGGGGGUAUCCCUUCUGUGAGCGGCCCACGCUGCUGCUGACGGGCGGGGUAGGGGAAGAAGGAAUAAGGAAAGGCUGUGGAGGAUGAGAAGAGUUUCCUCUGCCAAUGAACCCAAGCCUGUCGUGUCCUCCCUGUGUGUUCUGGAUAAUUGACAGCCCUUUCGCCGUCAGGACGUGGGGUUGGGGUCAAUGGCAGAUGGCGGCUGGCCAUGCAGCGCUGGGUGCGCUGUGUCAAACCCUCCGGUUUCGCUCUGCUGGGGGCACACGUGCGAGGGAUGGGAUGGGCUUUCCCAUCACACUGACCCCCACGGCCCCCAGCCACGCAGAGCAACAUGAGCAGCGUGUGGACAGGAGGGGAUGCAGCCGUGAUCCUCCUGUUUGUCCCAUUAGUGCUGUCAUUAAAAACCAGUUAGUCUCCUACAGAGAGCCAAGGCAGGCCGGGCAGCUGUGCCGAGGAGCGCAGCCGGACCCGCAUCCCCCCAGAGCGCUGCUGCGGGCCCCCCCCUCCUGCUUGUGUACUGGGGCUAAUUGGUGCAGGGUGCCCAUCUUUGCACCUUGUUAGCAUGGCAAUUAGCUCUCUUUACCUUCCUGAUUGCCCAUGUGCAUAUUUGACUCCAAUCCAUCUUUCCAGCGAGUUAUAAAUGCGGCGCUGGGGUGGCAGGGGGGAGUGGAGCCGGGGCAGGGACAGCAGAGCCAUGCUGGGCGCCGUGCUGCUGCUGCUGGCGCUGGCACGGCCGGUGGCCCCGGUGAACCGCAGGGCCGAGGCGCUCAAAAAGCUGCUGGAAGUUUUCGGCAUGGAGGACCCCCCGCCCCCCCCCGCCCACGUCAAGCAGCCGCCGCAGUACAUGGUGGAUCUGUUCAACACGGUGGCCAACGCCGACGGCGUCACCAAGAACCCCGACGUCCUGGAGGGCAACACGGUCCGCAGCUUCCUGGAUAGAACUCACGGCGAGAAGAUGCGGUUCCUCUUUGUCCUCUCCAGCGUGGCCAAGAAUGAGAAGAUCCUGACGGCCGAGCUGCACCUCUUCCGCCUGUGGCCGAGAGCCACCGAGGGGCCCAGGAGGCAGCACUUCUGCCAGGUCAGCGUGUACCAAAUUCUGGACAGGACCGAGCCGGACUCCCCCGAAGGACGGAAGCUGCUGGCGACCAGGCUGCUCUCGCUGCAGGGCUCGGGCUGGGAGGUCUUUGCCAUCACUCAGGCUGUUCGUGACUGGACUGAAGAUGAGAGCAGCAACCGGGGUUUGCUGGUGAUGGUCCACGGCCUGGGUGGGAGCGCGCUCGAGGCCCCCGCUGUGCAGUUUGCAUCCAGCGGGGACCACCAUGAGAGCAAGAAGCCCAUGCUGGUCCUGUUCACAGAUGAUGGGCGCCGAGGAGCAUCCCUGCCCGUGGCCGGAUUCCCAGCCUCGCAGCCUCGGGACCUCCCUGCCAAGCUGACCGGCCCGCGCAACACGCGCUCCCUGGACCGCCUGCAGCCCUGCCAGAGGCACCCCCUGUCCGUGGACUUCGAGGAGAUCGGCUGGUCCGGGUGGAUCAUCUCACCGCGGGGCUACAACGCCUACCACUGCAAAGGCGCCUGCCCCUUCCCCCUGGGUGAGAACAUGCGGCCGACCAACCACGCCACCGUGCAGUCCAUCAUCAACGCCCUGAAGCUGAGCGAGGGCGUCAGCAGCCCCUGCUGCGUGCCCGACAAGCUCUACUCCAUCAACCUCCUCUACUUCGACGACGACGAGAACGUGGUCCUCAAGCAGUACGACGACAUGGUGGCCGGGAGCUGCGGCUGCCACUGAGGCAGGAGGGACGCGGAGAUCCCCCCCGUGCGGAGCAGCUCUGCGGGGGUUUCUCUUUGGCACUGCUGUGGGUUACUGCAGGAGAGCAAAGCAAAGGGGUGCCCGGCUCUGCUUGGGGUGACCCUGGGAAGGCUCAGAGUUGGACUCGGGACCAACCCCAUUGUGCCCACAGUCCCCGGGGGCAG